UGCCAGACUUGGGAAAACGAUUUAAUGGGUUCUAGAUUCCCAUCUCACCAGCUCAGCAAUGGCCUUUACGUCUCUGGCCGCCCAGAGCAGCCCAAAGAAAGAACACCAACAAUCACUUCUGCUCCCAUGCCUUAUACUGGCGGUGACAUUAAGAAGUCAGGAGAGCUUGGGAAAAUGUUUGAUAUCCCUGUCGAUGGCUCCAAAUCCAGGAAAUCCGGACCCAUAACAAGUGCACCUUCCAGAACUGGACUAUAUACAUCACAUUCAGGACCUAUCAAUUCUAAUGCUGCUGCUAGGACUACCUACUCAACCUCAGGUCCCAUAUCAUCCUCAGGGAUGCCUGCUUCAGUUUCUACAAAGAAAUCAAAUUCUGGCCCACUUAGCAAACAUGGUGAGCCUAUAAAAAAGUCAUCCGGUCCUCAAUCUGGAGGAGUGACACCAACUGGCCGCCAAAACUCAGGUCCUCAACCACCACUUCUCCCUGCAACAGGUCUUAUUACUUCUGGGCCUCUGAAUUCCUCUGGGGCCCCAAGAAAGGUCUCAGGUCCGUUGGAUUCAAUUGGUUCAGCCAAGAUUCAUGGCCCUUCUCUUGUUAACAGCCAGGCCGUCACCACUCUCAGUCAAAAUGAUGUGUAUUCCUUCAAGAGGAGCUUCCCUAAACCUAUCCUGUGGGCAAUGAUUUUGUUAUUUGUCAUGGGUUUUAUUGCCGGGGGAUUUAUUCUUGCAGCUGUGCACAAUGCUAUUCUGGUGAUUGUUGUUGUGGUUCUAUUUGGCAUUGUUGCUGCAUUGUUCGUAUGGAACUCUUGCUGGGGUGGAAGUGCUAUAGUUGGUUUUAUUACCCGCUAUCCAGAUUCUGAACUAAGAACAGCCAAAAAUGGCGAAUAUGUCAAGGUUUCUGGGGUGGUGACUUGUGGAAAUGUGCCUCUUGAGUCAUCCUUCCAAAAAGUUCCUAGGUGUGUCUAUACUUCUACAAGUUUAUACGAGUAUCGAGGAUGGGAUUCAAAAGCUGCAAAUCCUACUCACCGGCGUUUUACAUGGGGCCUCAGGUCUUCAGAGAGGCAUGUGGUCGACUUUUAUAUCUCUGAUUUUCAGUCAGGGUUAAGAGCAUUGGUUAAGACUGGCUAUGGUGCAAAGGUGACUCCUUAUGUAGAUGAGUCAGUAGUUGUUGAUGUGGAUCCUUUAAAUAGUGAGUUAUCUCCAGAAUUUAUCAGGUGGUUGAGAGAAAGAAGCCUUUCAAGUGAUGAUCGUAUAAUGCGACUGAAGGAAGGGUAUAUAAAAGAAGGAAGCACAGUGAGUGUGAUUGGAGUGGUUCAGAGGAAUGAGAACGUUCUUAUGAUUGUCCCACCUCCUGAGCCAUUUACAACAGGGUGCCAGUGGCUGAAAUGCAUAUUUCCUGCUAGCCUUGAGGGCAUUGUGUUAAGAUGUGAAGAUGCGUCAAAAGUUGAUGCUAUACCAGUAUGAUAGGUUAUGUUCAGCAUACUUAAGAUGGUAUGUGAUGUUAGGUUAAGAAUGUUUAUUGUGGAGAGGUAUCUGAAAAUAGUUUGUGUUUCAUUUCCUGUAUAGUAGUUAGGUUACUAUGUGUUGUUUAAACUUUAUAUGACAUGUUGUAAUAGAGAGAAUGGUUAGAUGAAAUGUUUGGGCCGUUGUGAGUAUACUUGUAUUUCUAAUAUGCAAUCCAUGUACGGAAAUGACAAGA